UACCAACCAACCCAAAGCAAGUGAAUAUUCCAGUGCUGUAACUGAUCUCAAUCAGACAGAACGGUUCAUUUUUGCCAUUCUAAUUCCACCAGCGGAUUGUGACGAUAUUUUGAUCCAGCUUUAAAAAAGAAAGCUCAAACAAGGUUCCAAUCAAAACCGGUGCGUGCAUGAUUGGUCAACAGUCAAUAUAUUCGACUCAUUCGGCAAAGAUAGCUAUAUGUACCUUGUAUCUGUCAAGGUCUUGAUUCGUCAAUAGUGUGAAAGAAACAAGUUUCAUGCCCCACAAUCCCACAUGUGGAGAGAAAACAACAUCCAAGGGCUCAUUGAUUACCGUCAGUCAGCCAAUCAGGAGGAGGGAAAUACAUAUAAUGCUUUGUUAGUUCUUAGCUUGUUGCAAAGUUAAUUGCCACAAAAGCAUCACUUCAGCGUCGUCAUGGCGCUCGGAUCUCCAGUAUGCAUCAUCAUGUCCGCUCUGCUGUUGAUCACUUUGUCCCCUGUGGUUGCUGCUGCUGCUGCUUCUCCUCCAGGGACGAGCAAGAGCAAUGGCAGCGACAGCGAUCUCGCUGCGCUGCUGGCUUUCAAAGGUGAGCUCUCCGAUCCCUACAACAUUCUUGCCACCAACUGGACUGCCGGCACGCCGUUCUGCCGGUGGAUGGGGAUCACUUGCAGCCGGCGGCAGUGGCAGCGUGUCACCGGAGUGGAGCUGCCCGGAGUUCCCCUCCAAGGAAAGCUGAGCCCUCACAUCGGUAACCUAUCUUUCCUCUCCGUCCUUAACCUCACCAUCACAAACCUCACGGGUUCAAUCCCAGACGAUAUCGGAAGGCUGCAUCGCCUCGAGCUCCUUGAUCUUGGCAAUAAUGCCCUCUCAGGGGUCAUCCCAGCCUCCAUAGGGAACCUCACGAGGCUUGGCGUUCUUCGUCUCGCGGUUAACCAGCUCUCUGGACAAAUCCCAGCCGAUCUGCAGGGCCUGCACAGCCUUCGCAGCAUCAACAUUCAGAACAAUGGCCUCACUGGGUCGAUCCCAAACAGUCUGUUCAACAACACACCUUUGUUAUCUUACCUCAACAUUGCCAACAACAGCCUUUCUGGAUCAAUACCAGCCUGCAUCGGCUCAUUGCCCAUGCUUCAAUUCCUUGACUUGCAGGUUAAUCAACUUGCCGGACCAGUACCACCAGGCGUCUUCAACAUGUCUAUGCUAGGAGUUAUUGCUCUUGCCUUGAACGGCUUAACUGGCCCUAUCCCAGGCAACGAAAGCUUCAGACUCCCGAGUCUCUGGUUUUUCUCCAUUGAUGCCAACAAUUUCACCGGUCCAAUUCCACAGGGGUUUGCGGCGUGCCAGCAACUCCAAGUUUUUUCCCUCAUUCAGAACUUAUUCGAGGGUGCUUUGCCAUCAUGGCUGGGCAAGUUGACGAAUCUCGUCAAGCUCAACUUGGGUGAGAAUCACUUCGAUGGUGGUUCAAUCCCUGAUGCGUUAAGCAACAUUACCAUGCUGGCUUCCCUAGAGCUCAGCACGUGCAACCUAACAGGAACCAUUCCAGCAGAUAUUGGAAAGCUUGGAAAACUUUCAGAUUUGCUUAUUGCAAGGAAUCAACUAAGGGGACCCAUCCCUGCUUCUCUCGGCAACUUAUCUGCAUUAUCACGCCUGGAUUUGAGCACAAACCUGUUGGAUGGAUCUGUCCCAUCAACAGUUGGCAGCAUGAACUCUUUGACAUACUUUGUUAUUUUCGAAAAUAGCUUACAGGGGGAUCUUAAAUUCUUGUCUGCUCUUUCUAACUGUAGGAAGCUUUCUGUCCUUGAAAUCGACUCAAAUUAUUUCACCGGAAACCUCCCAGACUAUGUGGGCAAUCUAUCAAGCACGCUGCAAGCAUUCAUCGCACGUCGAAACAAUAUAUCCGGUGUCCUUCCAUCUACAGUUUGGAACUUAACUAGUCUCAAGUAUCUAGAUCUUAGUGAUAACCAACUGCACAGUACAAUAUCAGAAUCAAUCAUGGAUUUGGAGAUUCUACAGUGGCUUGAUCUCAGUGAAAAUAGCUUGUUUGGCCCCAUACCGUCAAAUAUCGGCGUGCUGAAGAAUGUUCAAAGAUUAUUUCUUGGAACAAACCAAUUCUCCAGCUCCAUAUCGAUGGGCAUUAGUAACAUGACCAAGUAAGAAUACCUAGAUUUAUCUGAUAACCAACUAGCAUCCACUGUACCACCGAGCUUAUUUCAUCUUGAUAGACUUGUUAAACUAGAUCUGUCCCACAAUUUCUUGAGUGGUGCAUUACCGGCUGAUAUAGGCUAUUUGAAGCAAAUGAAUAUCAUGGAUCUCUCUAGCAACCACUUCACUGGCAUCCUCCCAGAUUCAAUUGCACAACUUCAAAUGAUAGCCUACUUGAACCUAUCAGUCAAUUCAUUCCAAAAUUCAAUUCCAGAUUCUUUUCGUGUGCUUACCAGCUUAGAAACUUUGGAUCUAUCCCACAACAAUAUUUCCGGUACCAUCCCGGAAUACCUGGCCAAUUUUACUGUCCUUUCCAGCUUGAACCUAUCUUUCAACAACCUACAUGGUCAAAUACCAGAAACAGGUGUCUUCUCAAACAUCACGCUGGAAUCCUUGGUUGGGAACUCAGGGCUAUGUGGUGCUGUCCGUUUAGGAUUUUCACCAUGCCAAACAACCUCUCCCAAAAAAAACCAUCGGAUCAUAAAAUACUUAGUCCCUCCUAUAAUUAUCACAGUUGGAGCUGUAGCUUGCUGCUUACAUGUAAUUCUUAAAAAGAAAGUUAAGCACCAAAAGAUGUCUGUUGGUAUGGUUGACAUGGCCAGUCAUCAACUACUCUCCUACCAUGAGCUUGCUCGUGCUACUAAUGAUUUCAGUGAUGAUAAUAUGUUGGGUUCUGGAAGCUUUGGAGAAGUUUUUAAGGGUCAGCUGAGCAGCGGUUUGGUGGUUGCCAUAAAAGUUAUACACCAACAUAUGGAACAUGCCAUUAGAAGCUUUGAUACUGAGUGUCAGGUGCUUCGAACGGCUAGGCAUCGCAACUUGAUAAAGAUACUUAACACUUGUUCCAACCUGGACUUCAGAGCACUGGUUCUUGAGUACAUGCCCAAUGGAAGCUUAGAGGCACUUCUACACUCUGAUCAAAGAAUUCAAUUAAGUUUCCUUGAGCGAUUGGAUAUUAUGCUAGACGUUUCAAUGGCAAUGGAAUACCUGCACCAUGAGCACUGCGAAGUGGUUCUGCACUGUGAUUUGAAGCCUAGCAACGUGCUAUUUGAUGAUGACAUGACGGCGCAUGUGUCAGACUUUGGUAUUGCAAGGCUGCUGUUAGGUGAUGAUAGCUCCAUGAUUUCUGCUAGCAUGCCAGGAACAGUCAGGUACAUGGCACCAGAGUAUGGCGCCCUUGGUAAAGCAUCACGGAAGAGCGAUGUAUUCAGCUAUGGGAUCAUGUUGCUUGAAGUGUUCACUGCGAAGAGACCAACAGAUGCUAUGUUUGUGGGAGAACUAAACAUCAGGCAGUGGGUUCUUCAGGCAUUUCCUGCAAACCUUGUCCAUGUCAUAGAUGGCCAACUUGUACAGGACAGCUCUUCUUCUACCAGUAGCAUUGACGGCUUUCUUAUGCCAGUGUUUGAAUUGGGCUUGCUCUGCUCGUCUGACUCGCCAGAGCAAAGAAUGGUGAUGAGUGAUGUUGUUGUGACGUUGAAGAAGAUUAGGAAGGAGUACGUCAAGUCGAUAGCAACUAUGGGAAGAGAUGAGAACCGAACAGCAGUGUUCCAUUGACCCUGCCUGACUGCGUAUACGAAAGAACGAAUCAUCCUCUGCACCCAUAUUUGCUUCUGCAUUAAGAAUAACAGAAUAAUAGCAUCAGCAACUUGUCCAAUGAUCAAUUACUCUUUACUUCUUUAUGUGUAUGGAUGAAUAUGAAUAAAUCUCUUAUGUUUCUUAGCUAGUUACACAAUAUUUAAAUUGUGUACAUGUAUGAUUGAUCUGCUGCUUCAUGGAUUUGCACCAUGAUAUGGUUGUAAAUGAUCUGCUAUUAAAAUAUGCUUUAUGUCCAGGCCAA